UUUUUCAAUGCGGUCUUAGCUCGUGUUGGACGCCUUUUUUCAAAUUUCAAGGAAAUUACUGUGUUUUUUAAAAUGAGCCUUAUGCGCCAGGGUCUAGUUAUUGAAAAGUUGGUGGUUGGGCUGCACAGGCAGCGAUUCGCACCUGCGGCGGCUCCAAAUCUCGUCGUCCGAUGGCGAAAACCCAUCAGCCUCGGCACAGCACCUAGCAAGUUAUUCAGGGUUCCACAGAGACCUCAAAUCCCUGAAGAUGAGCUCAAGGAAAUCCGCAGACUAUUCAAAAAUUACAAUACUCAGAUGAAAAGCAUCAGAGCCUGGUUUGCUGAGGAAGCGAAGAGGCAAGAGGCUGUUACUGCAGCAGCCGUAGCGGGUGCCACUGGUGAAGAGGCUGAAUUUCAAAGAUGCCUGCAGAUCAAUGAAGAAUGGAAUAAGAAAGUGGCAGCUGAGAGACAAGUCCGUUUGGCUGCCGAAAAGGCUAAACUGACUGACAAGAUCCUGACAGAUCUUGAGCAAGAUGAGUUGCAAAAAAGCAAACGGAUUGCAGAGAUUCAGCAAAUGGUUGAAAGAGAAAAGGAUUUGUCAUCACAUUACAUCACAGAGGAAAAUAUAGACCAGGCUAUUGAAGAGGCCCUUAGCCAAGAAGUCAACUACAAUUUUGCUAUCGACCGUGAAGGGAAUUACUAUCAUGGGUUUAGCAUGACACCAACUACCAGUCAUAGCUAAGUUACGCUUUGCAGUUUGUCAGAUUUUAGUAAGGACCAUUAAAAAUCAAUUAUAUUAAUGAUA